UCUGUUUUCAACUUCAGGUCCCCUGUGUUUCUCUUUAUCUGCAAAAUUUCAAGUAGCAUUAAAUAAAAUUUGCUCAUAAAUUCUUCUUCUCUCUUCCUUCUUUUCUUCUUCUAAAACUUUAAAAUACAACAAAAGACACUUACUUGUAGACAAACUACACCUCCAGUUUCCUUCAACCCCAGAGACAAUGAAUCGGUGGGUUGGGUCAAUAUUCCUAUGCAUUAUCAGCACAUUGCUUCUGAUGAGCUGGUCGGUGGUGGCAGAGGGGGAGACAUGCUCGGGAAUAGUACCAAUGCAAUAUCGAAAUGAUAAGAUAUCGAUAUUGGACUUUGGUGGUGUAGGUGAUGGGCGGACAUUGAAUACAAAAGCGUUUAAAGAAGCAAUCUUUAGAAUUCAACACUUGAAGAGGAAGGGUGGAACUUUGCUUUACAUACCUGCUGGUGUAUAUUUGACUGGUCCAUUUGAUCUUACUAGUCGUAUGACUCUUUAUUUGGCCAGUGGUGCUGUUAUCAAAGCCACUCAGGAUCCCAGUCAGUGGCCAUUAGUUGAUCCAUUGCCUUCAUAUGGGAGAGGAAGAGAGCGACCUGGUGCAAGGUAUAUGAGCUUACUCCAUGGAGAUGGGCUCCAUGAUGUGAUAAUCACUGGUGAGAAUGGUACUAUUGAUGGCCAGGGUGAUGUUUGGUGGAAUAUGUGGAGGCAAAGAACUCUUCAGUUUACACGACCUCAUCUCGUUGAACUGAUGAACUCCAGAGGCAUUCUCAUUUCUAAUGUCAUUUUCAAGAACUCUCCCUUUUGGAAUAUCCACCCUGUUUAUUGCAGCAAUGUUGUUAUUCGAUAUGUCACCAUAUUGGCUCCAGCUGAUUCACCAAAUACUGAUGGAAUUGAUCCAGACUCAAGCUCCAAUGUCUGCAUUGAAGAUUCCUAUAUUUCAGUAGGGGAUGAUCUAGUAGCCGUAAAGAGUGGCUGGGAUCAAUAUGGAAUUGCUUAUGGUCGCCCUAGUCAUGGCAUAACCAUCCGAAGGAUAACUGGGUCAUCUCCAUUUGCUGGAAUAGCAGUUGGAAGUGAAACCUCUGGUGGCGUAGUGGACGUUUUAGCUGAGCACAUAAGCCUUUUCAAUAUGGGAGUUGGUAUUCACAUUAAGACAAACAUUGGCCGAGGGGGGAUGAUCAGAAACAUUACGGUGUCAAAUGUCUACAUGGAAAAUGCACGAACGGGGAUUAAGAUUGCAGGGGAUGUUGGUGAUCAUCCAAAUGAAAAUUUCAAUCCUAAUGCUCUUCCAGUUGUUAAGGGUAUCAAGAUUAAGGAUGUUUGGGGCGAAAAGGUUUUGCAGGCUGGUUUGAUUCAUGGUUUGAAGAAUUCCCCUUUCUCUGGGAUUUGUCUCUCCAAUAUCAACCUUCAUGGCAACCCCGGAUCACAAAAUUCCAUUUGGAAAUGCUCAGAUGUUAGCGGAGCUGCAAUUCAAGUCAGCCCUUUUCCUUGUGCAGAACUCACCAGCAGCCAACAAACUGGUGCAUGCUCUACCUACUUCUAAGUAUGUCGUAGUUAUUCUUUGCUUCCAAUUCAAUUCAGUAUAUCUCAAAAACAAAACGAAGAAUUUUGUUCAUGUUCUAAGUAAAAUUGUAAUUUCAACUUUGUACACAAUCAUAUUGUAUACGUAUUUUCCUACUA